UUUAUUACUGACCAAUUAAAAUUUGUGUUUUUUUACGUUGUUUUGAUAACCUCAGAUCAUUUGUAUUGUUACCAUUGAUGAAAAUAAUUCGAAUGGCCGGUAAAUCUGUUCUGACAUUACUGAUGAUUUUUAGUUUAUUAAGAAAUUUUUAUGUUUAUGGUAAUAAAACAAUGAGUAAUUAUUCGGGAAUACAUUCUGUCGCAUAUGUCACCGUUCCAACUGUAGAAGUGGCUAAAAAAUUGGCACAUGAUAUAGUAAAGAAUAAAUUGGCUGCUUGUGUUAAUAUUAUUCCUCAAGUUAUUUCAGUGUAUGAAUGGGAAAAUAAAAUAAAUGAAGAUCCGGAACUUUUAAUGAUGAUAAAAACGAGGACAGAUACAGUUGAUGCUUUAACAGAUUAUGUUAAGAAAAACCAUCCUUACACAGUAUGUGAAGUAAUUUCUUUACCUAUACAAAAUGGUAAUGAACAAUACCUAAAAUGGAUCAGUGAUACAGUACCACCUAUGAAUAAACAAGAACAGAAAGAUGAUGUUUAAUUGUUAUUAAUGUAAUUACAAAAUAAUAUAAUAUUAUCUUAUAUGAGAUUAUAUAUGAAACAUAA